CUCUCUCUCUCUCUCUCUCUCUCUCGUUACGGUUCUUCUUUGAGCUGCGCUUCAAUGGCUGUCAAUAAACCAUUAUCAUCUCAUGAUGCCAUGGAGUUGGAUAAGGACUGCUCAAUUGUGCUUGAACUAUCUGAAAGUGACCCCCUUUUUGAUAAAAAGAAGAAAUUGCUACAAGAUAUGGGAUUUAGUACCAAGGAAGAAAUACAUGUUAAAAGGUCUUCAGAUCCUAAUUGGAUCAGUACCUCCUUGAAAGUAAUGCUUCAGAUCGAAAGAAUCAUAAACUCAGAUGAGACAGAGCUUUAUUUUGCUGGAGAUGAACCAAUGGAUAUGUAUGGCCCCAGAAAUGAGCUAGAGGCUCUCAAUUCAAUCCUUCAGCUUGUUGAAAGCUCACUAUCUAGUGCUUGUCUAAUGCAAAAGAAUGUCCUGCAAGAAUUCCGCGAUGCUAUUGUUGAUAUGAUGAGUCAGUCUGGGAACAAGAACAUUUUGGAGACUACAAUUGUAGAAGGCUACAACUCUGAUAAAGAAAUAAAAUUGUUACAAUGGGGUGAAAACAAUGGUGUCAAGACAAGGUUGGAGAUAGCUUAUGUCGAAGGGGCUGGCAGAGGAGCCAUAGCUACAGAGGAUCUGAAAGUUGGAGAUACUGCUUUGGAGAUCCCGACAUCUUUAAUAAUUGUUGAGGAGCUUGUGCAAGCUGAUAUGGUAUUAUCAUGCAUAGAGAAGUUUGAAGGCAUUUCCUCUGAGACGAUGUUGUUGUUGUGGAGCAUGAAGGAGAGGCAUAAUGGUGAUUCACAAUUCAAGAUCUACUUUGACACACUGCCAGAAGAAUUUCAUACUGGGUUGAGUUUUGGAAUUGAUGCGAUGAUGGUUUUGGAUGGAACCUUGCUGUUGGAUGAGAUUACGGCAGCCAAAGAGCAUUUGCGUGCUCAAUAUGAUGAUCUCUUCCCUGCACUGUGCAAAGAUCAUCCUGAUAUCUUUCCACCAGAGCUUUACACAUGGGAACUAUUCUUGUGGGCAUGUGAACUGUGGUACUCAAAUAGCAUGAAAAUCAAGUUCCCUGAUGGAAAGCAGAGGACAUGCUUGAUUCCCAUUGCUGGCUUCUUGAACCAUUCGCUAGACCCCCAUGUAGUGCACUAUGGCAGAGUAGAUUCUGCAACAAAUACCUUGAAAUUCCGUCUAUCAAGACCAUGCAAUGCAGGGCAAGAAUGCUGUCUUAGUUAUGGAAACUUCUCUAGUUCUCAUCUAAUUACCUUCUAUGGCUUUGUACCUCAAGGUGACAACCUAUAUGAUGUCAUUCCUCUAGAUAUUGAUGCUGCCCAAGAUGAUUUUACUGAAGGCAGCUCCAUAUCAAACUGGACCACUCACAUGGUGCGGGCUACUUGGUUAUCACAUAACUGCAAUAUUUUCUAUUACGGCCUGCCUUCCCCAUUCUUGGACAGCCUAAGGAGAGCUCGGAGCCCCAUGCCGCAUACUAAGGACCUACUGCCGGAAAAUUUGAAGAAUGAAAUUGAAAUUCUUGAAGAUCUUCGCGCCAUCUGUGAUGACAUGAUGGAUAAUCUUGGUGAUGCAGACCUUGAUGACAGAAAAAACACUAAUUGGGAUGUAAAGCUGGCAAUCAAGUUCAAAGAUAUACAAAGAAGUAUUGUCUCUUCAGUUUUAACUUCAUGUUAUUGUGGCCUGAAACUGGUGAAAGAUGAAUUGUCUAAAUGCCUGGCUGAGGACACUCCUGUCUCAAAGCAGAUUUAAGUUUACAAAUAAGAAAGCUUUUUAGUGUACAACUUUGAUAGGGCACAAUUCUGUUUUAGUAGAGAAUAUACCAAACCAAACUAGUGAUCAAAUUUAGGCCACAAGGUUAAUGAUCUGUCAAUAUGAGCUGACAAAUUGACAGAAUUUUGUUUGUCCUUAUUGUAUGACAUGAGCUGCUUGAGCAUAGAAUAUUACUUUGGUAAAGCAAUUAUGCUUGUCA